AUGGCGGAGAAUCUCAGAUUCUUGCGCAUGACCAGAGCAGUGGUUUCAUUCCAUGGGUAUCUAGCGGAGAAAGUUUCAUACCGAAGAGUUCCAAUCGUAUCUUAUUUUACUGAUUUUGUGAAUCAUGUGAACUCAUCAAGCACGACGAACUUUUCGUUUGUUUUCAAAGAAUGUGCGAAGCAAGGAGCUCUAGAGCUUGGAAAGCAAGCUCAUGCUCACAUGAUAAUAUCUGGGUUUCGUCCGACUACGUUCGUGCUGAAUUGUUUGCUGCAAGUAUACACAAAUUCAAGAGCUGUGGCGUCUGCUUGCAUGUUGUUCGACAGAAUGCCGCUGAGAGAUGUUGUUUCGUGGAACACAAUGGUAAAUGGUUACGCGAAGAGUAAAGACAUGGCUAAAGCGAGGUCUAUCUUCGAUAUGAUGCCUGUGAGAGACGUUGUGUCAUGGAACUCAAUGCUUUCUGGGUAUUUGCAAAACGGUCAGAGUUUGAAAUCUGUUGAGAUUUUCGUUGACAUGGGGAGAGCAGGUAUUGAGUUUGACUGUAGAACUUUCGCAGUGAUCUUGAAAGCAUGUUCAUCUUUAGAGGAACACGUUUUAGGAAUGCAGAUACAUGGGAUUGCUGUACGAGUGGGUUAUGAUGCUGAUGUGGUUGCUGCAAGUGCGUUGUUGGAUAUGUAUGGCAAAUGCAAGAGAUUUGAUGAGUCACUUAGAGUGUUUCAAGGUAUUCCAGAGAAGAACUCAGUCUCUUGGAGUGCUAUAAUCGCUGGUUGUGUUCAGAAUAACUUGUUCUCUCUUGCUUUGAUGUUUUUCAAGGAGAUGCAGAAGGUAUAUGGUGGAGUGAGCCAGUCGAUUUACGCUAGCAUCUUGAGGUCAUGCGCUUCGUUAUCCGAAUUGAGGUUAGGUGGUCAGUUACAUGCUCAUGCCUUGAAGUCAGAUUUUGCAGCAGAUGGGAUAGUGAGAACUGCGACAUUGGAUAUGUAUGCAAAGUGUGAUAAUAUGCAAGACGCUCAAAUUUUGUUUGACAAGUCAGAGGAUCUCAACAGGCAAUCUUAUAACGCAUUGAUCACUGGCUAUUCGCAGGAGGAACAUGGUUUCAAAGCUCUACUGUUGUUUCACCGACUCAUGUCGUCAGGUCUUGGUUUUGACGAGAUCAGUUUGUCAGGAGUGUUCAGGGCUUGUGCCUUGGUGAAAGGUUUUUCAGAAGGGCUUCAGGUUUACGGUUUGGCUAUAAAGAGCAACUUAUCAGUAGAUGUUUGCGUUGCAAAUGCUGCUAUUGACAUGUAUGGGAAAUGUAAAGCUCUUCCUGAAGCCUUUUGUGUGUUUGAUGAGAUGGAAAGAAGAGAUGCUGUGUCUUGGAACGCGAUUAUAGCAGCGAAUGAGCAGAACGGCAAAGGAUGUGAAACGCUUUCUCUUUUCGUCUCAAUGCUCCGUUCUGGGAUCGAACCUGAUGAGUUUACCUUUGGGAGUGUAUUGAAAGCUUGCGCUGGUGGUUCUUUGGGUUACGGCAUGGAGAUCCAUUCCAGCGUUGUCAAAUCAGGAAUGGCUUUGAAUUCCUCUGUGGGAUGCUCUUUGAUCGAUAUGUAUUCAAAAUGUGGAAUGAUAGACGAGGCGGAGAAGAUACAUAGUCGGUUGUUUCUUCCCGGAACAAUGGAAGAGCUUGGAAAGAUGAACAACAAGAGACUGCAAGAAAUGUGUGUUUCAUGGAACUCAAUGAUUUCAGGGUAUGUGACCAAGGAACAGAGUGAGGAUGCUCAGGUGGUUUUUACACAGAUGAUAAAGAUGGGCGUAACUCCUGACAAGUUUACGUAUGCAACGGUUCUUGACACAUGCGCGAAUCUAGCUUCCGCUGGGUUGGGGAAACAGAUUCACGCUCAGGUCAUCAAGAAAGAAAUGCAAUCUGAUGUGUACAUCUGCAGCACCCUCGUUGACAUGUACUCGAAAUGUGGAGAUAUCGAUGAUUCGAGACUGAUGUUUGAGAAGGCUCGGAAGAGAGAUUUCGUGACGUGGAACGCCAUGAUCUCUGGGUAUGCACAUCACGGGAAAGGAGAGGAAGCUAUUAAGCUGUUUGAGAGAAUGUUACUGGAGAAGAUGAAACCAAACCACGUGACUUUCAUAUCGAUACUCCGAGCUUGUGCUCACAUGGGUCUAAUCGACAAAGGACUUGAAUACUUCUACAUGAUGAAGAGAGACUAUGGUUUGGAUCCUCAGCUGCCGCAUUACUCUAACAUGGUGGAUGUCUUGGGGAAAUCAGGAAAAGUCAAGAAAGCGUUGAAGCUUGUUAGAGAGAUGCCAUUCGAAGCAGACGAUGUUAUAUGGAGGACGUUGUUAGGAGUCUGCGCGAUACAUAGAAACAAUGUAGAGAUUGCAGAAGAAGCGUUUGAUGCUCUGUUGAGAUUGGAUCCGCAAGACUCUUCAGCUUAUACGCUUCUGUCGAAUGUAUACGCAGAUGCAGGAAUGUGGGAAAAAGUUUCGGAUUUGAGGAGAAGCAUGAGAGGGUUUAAGCUUAAAAAGGAGCCUGGAUGCAGUUGGGUUGAGCUGAAAGAUGAGCUUCACGUGUUUCUCGUGGGAGAUAAGGCUCAUCCUAGAUGGGAAGAGAUCUACGACGAGCUUGGUUUGAUUUACAGUGAAAUCAAACCUUCUGGUGAAUCCUCUUUGGUGCAUGAUGUAGAAGAAGAAGAGCAAUGGUGCUACUGCUAA